CCCCCCACUCUCCCCGCCCCCAACACGGCGACUCUACCAGCCUGGAGUCCCCGACUGCACCGCACGCAACCCACUGACAGCUGCGACUGACGACCGACCGAGGGGGAAAAGAUGGAGCACAGGGACGCCGACUUCAACAUAUUGUUAGCGACCGACUCGUACAAGGUGACGCACUACAAACAAUACCCCCCCAACACGAGUAAAGUGUACUCGUACUUUGAGUGUCGCGAGAAGAGGACCGACCCCUCCAAAAGCAGAAAAGUCAAAUAUGACAAGACGGUCUUCUAUGGCCUCCAGUACAUCCUCAACAAAUACCUGAAGGGGAAGGUGGUGACCCCGGAGAAGAUCCAGGAGGCAAAGGAAGUAUACAGAGAACACUUCCAGGAUGAUGUCUUCAACGAGAAGGGCUGGACGUACAUUUUGGAGAAAUACAAUGGACACCUGCCCAUUGAAAUCAAGGCUGUGCCGGAGGGGAGUGUCAUUCCUCGAGGCAACGUUCUGUUCACCGUGGAAAGCACGGACCCUGAAUGCUACUGGCUCACCAACUGGGUGGAGACCAUUCUCGUUCAGAUCUGGUACCCGAUCACUGUAGCGACCAACUCCAGGGAGCAGAAGAAGAUCCUCGCCAAGUACCUCAUGGAGACCGCCGGCAACCUGGAGGGACUAGCGUAUAAGCUUCACGACUUUGGCUACAGGGGCGUCUCCUCGCAAGAGACUGCGGGCAUCGGGGCCUCUGCCCACCUGGUCAACUUCAAGGGCACGGACACGGUCGCCGGCAUCGGAGUCAUUAAGAAGUACUACGGCACCAAGGACCCCGUGCCGGGCUUCUCCGUGCCCGCCGCGGAGCACAGCACUAUCACGGCGUGGGGGAAGGACCAUGAAAAAGACGCCUUUGAGCACAUCAUCAAGCAGUUCCCCAACGUGCCGGUGUCCAUCGUCAGCGACAGCUACGACAUCUACAACGCCUGCGAGAAGAUCUGGGGAGAAGACCUCCGGUCUCUGAUUGUGGCGCGCAGUGCGGACGCCCCGCUGGUCAUCCGACCCGACUCGGGAAACCCGCUCGAUACAGUACUGAAGGUUUUGGAGAUCUUGGGUAAGAAGUUCCCUCCACUGGAGAACUCCAAAGGCUAUAAGGUUCUGCCUCCCUACAUCCGGGUCAUACAAGGAGACGGAGUCGACAUCAACACGCUGCAAGAGAUCGUGGAGGGCAUGAAGAAGCACAGGUGGUCCAUUGAGAACAUCGCUUUUGGGUCCGGAGGGGCUCUCCUGCAGAAACUGACCAGGGACCUGCUCAACUGCUCCUUCAAAUGUAGCUACGUGGUCACCAACGGCCUGGGGGUGAAUGUGUUCAAGGACCCAGUGGCUGACCCUAACAAGAGGUCAAAGAAAGGUCGCCUGUCUCUGCACCGGACGGCGAGCGGAAACUUUGUUACCCUGGAGGAGGGCAAAGGCGACCUGGAGGAGUACGGCGUGGACCAGCUGCACACCGUCUUUCAGAACGGGAAGAUUGUGAAGACGUACACGUUCGACGAAGUCAGAGACAAUGCUCAGCUCACAGAGAGCGACUACUGAAGGCAAAAAGCACCCGGCCCACACCCCAAAACAGACCCCGCUCCCCUCAACCCCUCCACCUUUGGCUUCUGACGCACAUCUCACAGAAAUGGGGAUGGCGUGCACUGCUAAUAGAUCCCCAAUUCUAAUGCUUGAGAGUCCCCCCUGCCCCCCUGAAACGUUCCUGUACAGAAGUGUAUGAAAAAAGCGAUGCACCAAUAACAUUGACUUCCACUUGGACUGUAAUUAUGGAGGCUGAGAGAAUUCAAUGCCCUCAAGCCCCCAAUGUUCUGGCCUUUAAUUAGAGGUCAGGGCCCAAAUUUAAAAAAGAGCCAUUAUCAAGUACUCCCUGAAUAUUUUGUACCACGCCAAAUAUAAUAUUAUGGGUGCAUCUCUGAAGUCAUAUUAAUGAUCAUCUACACGGAGUGUGAAGAUCCAAUCGCACUACAGAGGCAGCUCACACGAACGGACUUAGCCGAAGUGAUUUUGCUCAAAAUUUCACAUCUGUCACAGAUGUUUAAAGCUCCACUUGUGAUAAUAAUAAAUGAGGAAAAAUGAAAAUUUUCAACCGAUUCCACAGCUGAAGUUACUAGUUUUGGAUCGGCUCUUCGAAACGCGCUGGAAACCAGUCUUUGAUGUUUAAGGCCAAGAGUUGAUGUAGAACAGAAGAAAAAAAUACAUUGCAAAACGUUCUUGUCACUGGAAUGAAGAUGAUAUAACUGUUUACGAAAGAUGCGUUGCUUCUGAAAUGUGUGUUAUGUGUUGUUGUACAUGCUGUACGGGUGCUUGGAUCUCUGUGUGUGUGUGUGUGUGUGUGUGUGUGUGUGUUUUGAGAUUUUCUUUUUUUUUUUAAAGGAUAAUUUCCUUUAUGCAAACCUACUUGUUGAUAGGGGGAAUAGAGAACACUUCCUUUGACUUUUCCGGCCUUUUAUUUUUGAAAGGAGACACAGCAGUUGAGCCGAUAAAGCAGCCAGGGGGGGUUAGUUUCCCUUUUCAGAGCUGGUGACAUCAGAGAAACAAAUUCGUUCAAGACUAGAAACAGAAUUUAUUUUCACUGUCCUUCAUGCCUAGCCGACUUCCAACGUGUCCAAAAAUCCUGUAAAACCUGCGGAAAUUGACAAAAAUCCCCAACAGGCGUUAGUGUGUUUAGUGGCCAUUAGCUAACCCGCGUGCACCGCCAUGCAGAGCGUGUUAGCUCGCUGCCGUUAGCAUUUAGCUCAAAGUAAAAGUCUCUCCUUGCAGAGGGGCUGAAGUGUUUGGGCAGCUUUCCUCGAGCUAUCGCCCCCCCCCCCCCCCUCCCCCUCUGCAAAUAAUCUUGCACUGUUUUUCUAUAUUUUCCUAAAGGUUUCUUGUUGUUUCCCCCCAAUUUGUUAUUUGAUCACCUUUUGUCCUGAUUCUGAAGUGACCAGUUCCACAGUUCUUUUGUUGUGGCGCUGCAUUCUAGUAUAACUCUUAAUUUUACUGUUUUGAUACUUCUUUCCUCAGAGAAAUAUUAUUUUGUAUGACAAAGGAGAGAAAAAUGCCAGAAACAUUGCAGUAAAUAUCUUUAUUCACAAACAAUGUGGCCAUACUGCCUUCUCACUUGUACAUACAAGAACUACUUUGACUGGAAGCAGAGGGGCAGCGUUAGGAAGACGACCACAGUAGUUAAUAAUAUAAUGUGUGUGUGUGUUACGGAUGAAAAACUGUUUGUGAAUACUUUUUUUUCCCCUGUUGUUGUAGUUUUACACGUAUGUAUAUGUUGGUUGUCCCAGAUUCUCUCCCAACACAACUGCUAUUUUAACAAAUAUAACUUGCUAUAUUGUCAACAAUACAUUGAUUAAAGAAGAUGCCACCCUGUCAA